UGUUUGGCUUUAGUCGUGUUUUUUUUUGUUACCAUGCCCGAACCAGCUAAGUCCGCGCCCGCUCCGAAGAAGGGCUCCAAGAAGGCGGUGACCAAGGCGCAGAAGAAGGACGGCAAGAAGCGCAAGCGCAGCCGCAAGGAGAGCUACUCGGUGUACGUGUACAAGGUGCUGAAGCAGGUGCACCCGGACACGGGCAUCUCGUCCAAGGCCAUGGGCAUCAUGAACUCGUUCGUCAACGACAUCUUCGAGCGGAUCGCGGGCGAGGCGUCGCGCCUGGCGCAUUACAACAAGCGCUCGACCAUCACGUCCCGGGAGAUCCAGACGGCCGUGCGCCUGCUGCUGCCCGGGGAGCUGGCCAAGCACGCCGUGUCCGAGGGCACCAAGGCCGUCACCAAGUACACCAGCUCCAAGUGAGUGCUUGUACGGCAGCUUUUAACACAAAGGCUCUUUUCAGAGCCACCCACAUUUUCAGGAUAAGAGUUGUGCAUGCUAAACAGUCAAA